UUGGGAAAGGAACAUACACAAUUUGGAGAAAGAAGAAGAUAAGCUAGCUAAGGCAGCAAUGGGUAAUCCUUCUAAGCUUUUCCCAUUUUUCUUUGCAUUCAUUGUGUUUCUGAUGCCCUUAGUUUCCUUAUCCCACAAUGACUUCUCUACCUUUGCCAUAAAAACCGUUUCAUACCUAGUUUCCUUUAGUGAAAAUCCAAACCAUAAUGGCCACAUCACCACAAGCUCCAAUGAAAGAGACAAAUCACGUCUUUGGAGGAAAGCCUUCAUUGGCUUAAAAAAUACUCACGAGCCAUCUUCGAAUAUUUCUCGAGCAAUAUCCCUUAAUGCAAGAGAGUGUUUUCCUGUGGAGUUACCUUCUGAUGCAAUAACUUCUACCCGUUGUUGUCCACCUAGGCCAUCUCCUUCUAAUAUCAUAGAUUUCAAAGAUUUUGCUUCUCCAAACGCCACGCUUCGAGUAAGAAAACCUGCUCACAUGGUAGAUGAGGAGUACAUAACAAAACUUGAAAAGGGCAUUGCACUCAUGAAAGCACUCCCUGAUGAUGACCCACGUAAUUUCAUUCAACAAGCAAAGGUCCAUUGCGCUUAUUGUAACGGUGCCUAUCACCUACGCCAUCCCUUUCAGGACACAAAACUCAACAUUCACAGGUCUUGGUUUUUCUUUCCCUUUCAUCGUUGGUACCUUUACUUCUUUGAGAGAACUUUGGGAAAAUUAAUUGGUGACCCAAACUUUGCCCUACCCUUUUGGAAUUGGGAUUCUGUAGAAGGGAUGCAAAUUCCAUCAUAUUUCAAUAACCCCAAUUCGUCGCUUUAUCACCAACUCCGAAACCAAAACCACUUGCCCCCACACGUGGUUGAUCUGAACUACAAUAAACUUGAUCCUAAUGAUGAUACGCCUUCUCAUCAACAAGUUUCGUAUAAUCUAGCCUUCAUGUACAAGCAAAUGGUGCUAGCAAGUACCAAAGAAUUGUUCAUGGGAAGCCCUUUUCGCCUUGGCGAUAACCCUACUCCGGGUAUGGGCUCUAUAGAGGCUGCUCCUCAUAACACUGUUCAUACAUGGGUGGGUGCUGCUGAUAAGCCACACCAUGAAGACAUGGGAGCAUUCUACACAGCAGCUAGAGACCCCAUUUUCUACGCUCAUCACCCGAACUCGGAUCGAUUGUGGGGGCUAUGGAAGACAUUGGAAGGAGGAAGAAAGGACUAUAGUGAUGAUCCAGAUUGGCUAGAUUCUGAGUUUUACUUCUAUGAUGAGAAUGCCAAUUUUGUUCGUGUUAAGGUAAGAGAUUGCCUUGAUACUAAAAAAUUAGGGUAUGUUUACGAAGAUGUUGAUCUUCCAUGGCUGCGAACGCCACCCACAUCGCCGAAAAGCAAGCUACUGAGAGAAGCGAACAAGAGUCCACUUUUGAGUUCAAAGCCAAGCAAAUUUCCUUUGGUUUUGGAUUCCAUAACGAGUACCGUUGUUAAGAGGCCGAAGAAAUUGAGAAGCAAGGAAGAGAAAGAACAAGAGGAGGAGGUUUUGGUGAUAGAAGGGAUUGAGUUUGGAAGUGAUAAAUAUGUUAAGUUUGAUGUUCAUAUUGAUGAUGAUGAAGAUAAUUUGAGUGAACCGGAUCAGACAGAGUUUGUGGGAACUUUUGUUAAUUUGUUCCAUGGACAAGGCCAUAAUAUCAACACUAGUUUUAAGGUAGGGAUAUCGAAAGUGCUGGAGUGUUUAGAAGCUGAAGAAGAUGAUGUUGUGCUGGUUACUUUGGUGCCUAAGGUUGGGAAAGGAGAUGUCAUCAUAGGAGGCAUCAAAAUUGAGUUUAUUCCAAAGUAGAAAGAUUAGUUUUGUUGUUGUGUGUGCAAAUUUAAUACACUUAUUACAGGUUUAUUGUUUUAUGCUUUUAAAAAGUACACUUUCUUUUUUGGUUUAGCAUCUCGAGCUCGUAUUCUCAGUGGCUGGAUUUUGUCCAACCAACUGAAAUAUGAGAUGUCGAAUUUGCUUUGGUAUAGCGAUAGUAGAAGAAGGGAAAGAGUGUGAAGGACAGCUGAAAUUUUGGAUGCGGAGAAGUACUCUUCUACAAGUAUAGAUGAGUGUUUUUGAAGAAAAUCAAAUAAAUCAAUUUGAUUUUCUAGAAUUAAUUUUCAUAAUAAAAAAUGAGUCUGGUGUAAAAAUUUGUAUUUGAUUUUUUUUUUAUGUGAAAGGUGAUUUUAG